GCACUCGCCCCGUUCAUCAACAAACCGACAUUCAUUUGGCCAGCGCCUUUCCGGUGAAGCCGCCCGCUCGCUCUGGUUGCCGCCUCCGACGGUGGCCACGCUCGUUACUAACCUCACGACACGAGUCCUACCCCUCGCUCCAACCUCAGUCCACGUUCCCUCGCAGACCUCCCCACCACCCGGAACAGCUCCUUUGCAGCCGUCACCAACGGGCAGCCUUGCUCUCCAGACAGCGAAUAUGUCGGGCCUCCCGACUCACGAUCAGGCGCCUGGCCGUGCUCCGCGUCCCAGCACGACUGCUCCAUCUACCUCCGCCGGAGCUGCUCCAGGUCACGAGAUGCCAGUCUGGAUGACGCCCGAACAGCACCAGCUGCUUCAGCCUCAGUAUUCCGGGCGUAGCAACUCGUCUCAGCCGCAGAGGUUCGGUAGACCGACAGCAUACGCGCCUCCAGCUCACCCCACUCCGCUGGACUUCUUGGCCAUGAGCGGACAUCAGCCUCCUUUCCCUCCUCCGAAUUUCCCGUAUCCUGAUAGUUAUCGGCCCUCCAUGUUCCUGCCGCCCAACUAUCCCCAGGCACCGCACAAUGACGGUUUCUACCCUUUCGGUCUUCCGCACCCCCAGUAUGCUCUUCCUCACUUUGCGCCGUCUCCGUUCAUGACACCGGAGCACGACUUAUCUCGACCACCAGCCAGCAGAGAUGGAUAUGACCGUGGUAACUCAGCCGGCUCACAGAAUGCUCAAAAUUGGAACCUGAGAGAGCGAGCUCGUUCAAAUAGCCAGAGAUCCAACACGGGAACUCCUGACGACCGACGGCACAAUGUCAGCGAUGAGGCGAGAUCGAGAUUUUCGUCACACCGAUACAGCAAUCUCACGAGGCACAGCCGACCUUCUCUUCCACCAGCUACCUCGGAGGAACCUAACUCGCGUGCCGAUUCGCGUGAGCUUGCAAUGCAACGACGGCGAGAAAUGACCAGAUUGCGAAGAGACAGCGAAGACCUCGACGCAACUUCCCCACGACAGCGCCAUGUCAGCAUGGGGGGAGUACCAACGCCGCAAUCACAGCGACAAGACCAGUUAUCAGGACUAGAAUUAUUCUCCUCAGACUCUUCAGAGGAUAGCCUGGACUUCGACGGCAUCCUUAGGCGCGGGAUAUCUUCACGACGCGAAGAGCUUGAAAGAAUGCGACGUGACAUCGGACGACUCGAUGCAAUGCGAGAUCGCGACAUCGGAGGUCUCGACGCACUGCGCGAACGACGGGGAAUCUUGGCUGCACGCCAGAGGGCCGCCGCAGACCCUCCUACUAUAUCCGAGGCACAGAUCAGUAGCUUCAAAUCAGGACUGAAGAGGAUGGUCCUGAGUGAUCUCCCAGAAGGUGCUGACACAGAGUGCGAGAUCUGUGUCAAAGAGUACUCCCAGAAGUCGGUCACUGCAUGCGAGGACGAGGAGGUUGCAGUUGAGCUGCCCUGCAAGCAUGUCUUUGGAGAAGAUUGCCUGAACAACUGGUGCAACACUUGCAAGAUCGAGAAGAGGUCGAUCACCUGCCCCAAAUGCCGCAAGGUUUUGGUAGAACCGCCUCCGAGAUUCGCUUCCAGAGGGCGAUUGCCGAUCAGAUACGGGGCAAACCCACCACCAUCUACUGCGGCAGAUUGGAUCAGACAUCUGGAUAACGAGGAGAACAACCACUUGCGGAUUGCGUUGCCUCCUCGCACUAUCGAGCGCUUGCGAACGAAUCUCACCGCGCUUGGUGAUGCACCAGUAGGUGUAGUUCGGUUGGAAGGCAUGCUUGUUGAGGCGGUUGGUGAAGCGAUGGCUCAGGGCCGACGCUAGGGAUGCUAGGGCGACCACAACAACACGCAGAACACCUCAAUCCAGUCGAUUUAUGUUGGUGGGCUGUCUAAAGUGUGACGCGGCAAAGAACAUCGGGGAUCUUACUCCUGACUCCCCCAGCCCCGACAGACAGAAAUGGGCCAUUCACUGUACUCCUCGGAAUUCCAGGCCUGAAGCAUAUAUGUACACUAUAC